UGUAGUACUCAGUCUGUCCCACUGAGCUGUCAAGGCAUAGCAGCACUCCGCUCUGCUUGUCCGCUGCGACAACAUUUUUCUAUCCAACUUAGUCAAUUUUCCUCCUCAACGACGUUUUCCUUCAGAUAACAGCUACUCUUGUCUCACCAUGACUCGAAGGUGAUCUUCAGAGUGUCCAGGUGGUUCUGGGGUUCCAGGUUGGUGUGGUGAGAGAGCAAGCUAACUACGGGGAGGAGGACCGCCUGGGGCAUCGUGUCCCUGGCUCUCAAGUGACUAAGGAAGGGGCUUGGCAAACUGUUCUGCAGCAUGGAGAAGGAAGACCUCAAGGUCCUCAACAAGGGGGAAGAGGAGGAGAUGGAGCUGCAGGGCUACCGUCUAUGUCGUUGGCGGCUGGCCCUGGUGGGCCUCGGGGUGCUGUGUACAGGGGGCUUCCUCCUCCUGGUGCUCUACUGGAUGCCAGAGUGGUGCGUCAAAUCCACCUGCACUCGUACCACAGCCCGUGAUGCUGAAGUGGUGUUGAUGCGCUCCACGGAUGAGUUCCGGCGCUGGUUCCUGGCCAGGGUGCGAGUGAUGCUGGCCCCAGGGAGCAACCCCUUCCACAGCCUGGAGACCCAGACCACCUCCCCCUGCUCCCCUUCUUCUCCUUCUUGCCCCUUCUCCUCCCCUGCCUCCCCCCCUCUGGCCAACGGACACACCCCUCACCCCUCCGAUGGCAGCCCCGCUCAGGAGCUCAUCAGAAGAUUUGCCGACUACCAGCCCACACAGAUUCGCUAUUUUACCUUUCAUAGCACAAAGUAUUAUUGGAAUGACGAGGUGCAGAAUUUUGAAGUUUUAUGUGGCCUGGAGGAUCUGCAGAUCAGCUGCUCCACCCUCCACUCGGAGCACAGUGCAGGCCUGACCAGGAACCAGCAGGAGUACAGGAGACUGUUCUUCGGAGUGAAUGAAAUUGCAGUGAAAGUGCCUUCUGUUUUCAAGCUGCUUAUCAAAGAGGUCCUCAACCCUUUCUACAUCUUCCAGCUCUUCAGUGUGAUCCUGUGGAGUGCCGAUGAGUAUUACUACUAUGCUGUGGCCAUUGUUUUCAUGUCGGUCAUAUCCAUAGCUACCUCUCUGUACACCAUCAAAAAGCAAUACGUCAUGCUUCACGAUAUGGUGGCAGCUCACAGUAUUGUCCGUGUGUCUGUAUGCCGAGCCAACAAUGAUAUUGAAGAAAUUUUGUCCACUGAUCUGGUGCCUGGUGAUGUGAUGGUCAUUCCCAGCAACGGGACCAUCAUGCCAUGUGACGCUGUGUUGGUCAGUGGCACCUGCAUCGUCAAUGAAAGCAUGCUCACAGGUGAAAGUGUUCCUGUGACAAAGACCAAUCUCCCAAACCCAUUGCCAGGGGAGAGGGGGGAGGAGGCUGACAGUGCCUACAACACAGAGGACCAUAAGAGACACACACUUUUCUGUGGCACCAAUGUCAUCCAGACCCGCUUCUACACAGGCGAACUAGUCAAGGCUGUGGUGGUCCGCACAGGUUUCAGCACAGCCAAAGGCCAGCUGGUGCGCUCCAUUCUGUACCCCAAACCCACCGACUUCAAGCUGUACCGUGAUGCCUACCUCUUCCUGUUGUGUCUGGUGGCUGUGGCUGGAAUUGGCUUUGUGUACUCCAUUGUCCUCAGCAUCAUGAACAAGGUGCCAGCUAAGACCAUCAUCAUUGAGUCCCUGGACAUCAUCACAAUAACUGUGCCACCAGCGCUGCCAGCUGCCAUGACAGCUGGCAUUGUGUACGCCCAGCGACGCCUCAAACACAUUGGCAUUUUCUGCAUCAGCCCACAAAGGAUCAAUAUCUGUGGGCAAAUCAAUCUGGUCUGUUUUGACAAGACCGGAACUCUGACAGAAGAUGGAUUAGACCUGUGGGGAGUCCAGAGAGUUGAGAAUGGCAGUUUCCACCUGUCGGAGGAAAAUGCCUACAAGGAGAGCCUUGUCAAGUCCCAGUUUGUGGCUUGCAUGGCCACUUGCCACUCUCUUACCAAAAUAGAGGGCCAGCUGUCUGGAGACCCACUGGACCUCAAAAUGUUUGAGGCUACAGGCUGGAUCCUGGAAGAGGCCACUGAGGAGGAAACAUCUCUCCACAACCGUAUCAUGCCCACUGUGGUUCGACCCCCAAAGCAGCUGUUGCCCCCAGAGCCUGCCGUAUCUCAAGAACAGGACAUGGAACUCUAUGAGCUCUCGUCAGCGUAUGAGAUAGGUAUUGUGCGCCAGUUUCCUUUUUCCUCAGCUCUCCAGAGAAUGAGUGUGGUUGCUCGUCUGCUGGGGGAGAAACGUAUGAAUGCGUACACAAAGGGCGCGCCAGAGGUGGUGGCAAGUCUUUGCAAGAAAGAGACAGUGCCAGAGAAUUUUGCAGAGGUUUUGGAGGGCUACACCAAGCAGGGUUUCAGGGUGAUUGCUCUGGCUCACCGUCGACUCGAAUCCAAACUCACGUGGCACAAAGUUCAGAACAUUAAUAGGGAUCACAUAGAGACAAACAUGGAGUUCCUGGGUCUGAUCAUUAUGCAGAACAAACUGAAGGCAGAAACCCCAGGGGUGCUCCAGGACCUUCACCAGGCCAAUAUCCGCACUGUCAUGGUUACUGGUGACAAUAUGCUGACAGCGAUUUCGGUGGCCCGAGACUGUGGAAUGAUCCCUCCCCAGGACACAGUCAUCAUCGCUGAUGCCCUCCCUCCCCAUGAUGGACAGGCCGCCAAGAUCAUCUGGAGAUACGCUGACAAGCCGAGCAAGACAUCUUGCCUGGAGGAAGUGAACAUCAGCCUGGAGGAUGUGUGCCAUGUAGAUGAGCCCAAAACACAAGAGCUGUACCACUUUGCUAUGAAUGGAAAAUCAUUUGCAGUAAUCGCAGAGCAUUUCCCCGACAUGCUUCAAAAGCUGGUGCUGCAUGGGACAGUGUUUGCCAGAAUGGCCCCAGACCAGAAAACCCAGCUUAUUGAGGCAUUGCAGGGCGUUGACUACUUUGUGGGGAUGUGUGGAGAUGGAGCAAAUGAUUGUGGGGCUCUGAAGAGGGCUCAUGGUGGCAUCUCUCUCUCAGAGCUCGAGGCCUCUGUAGCCUCUCCCUUCACCUCCAGGACUCCCAACAUCUCCUGUGUCCCCAGCCUGAUCAGGGAGGGCCGUGCUGCUCUCAUCACCUCCUUCUGUGUGUUCAAGUUCAUGGCCCUCUACAGCAUUAUCCAGUAUAUCAGUGUCACUCUCCUCUACUCCAUCCUCAGUAACCUUGGAGACUUCCAGUUCCUCUUCAUUGAUGUUGCUAUCAUCCUCCUUAUUGUCUUUACCAUGAGUCUGAAUCCAGCAUGGAAAGAGCUUGUGUCACGUCGGCCACCGUCAGGUCUGAUCUCAGGGCCUCUGUUGUUCUCUGUGCUGACCCAGAUCCUCAUCUGCUUGGGCUUCCAGACCAUUACAUUCCUUUGGGUCCGACAGCAGCCCUGGUACACAGCCUGGACACCUUUUGCAGACGCCUGCAACUCGUCAUCACACAUUAACGUCUCUGACCACAACGAUACGGAAGUGGACGACCACAACAUCCAAAACUAUGAGAACACCAGCCUCUUCUAUAUCUCCUCCUUCCAGUAUCUCAUUGUUGCCAUCGUUUUCUCAAAGGGCAAACCUUUCAGGCAGCCUAGCUACAAGAAUUGGCCUUUUGUGCUGUCUGCCUUGGGUUUGUAUUUUUUCCUCCUGUUCAUCAUGUUCCACCCUGUUGAAACCAUUGACAGCUUUCUUGAGAUUGUUUGUGUCCCAUUUGAAUGGAGGGUAAAACUCUUCCUCAUCAUCCUAGUCAAUGCUGCUGUGUCUGUUGUGGUGGAGACCUUCAUCCUUGACAUCGUCUUAUGGAAGCUUGUGUUCAGCCGAGACAAACAGGGCAGCAUCACUCCUGUCGCCCCGACACCACAGGGGGGCAUUGACCUGCGGGCGUACAAGUGUUUGUCCUGGCUCUGCUGCCCACGCAAGACGCCCAAGGCCCGCUACAUGCAUCUGGCCCAGGAGCUCAGUGUGGACCCCGACUGGCCUCCAAAGCCAACCACCACCACUGAAGCCAAACCCCGCCCAGGAAAUGGUUCCACCUAUCAAAUUAUGAUCAACUCCUAGCACCACCACAGCCCCUCACAGUAUUCAGUCUCACCUUUCAUAUGCGUGCUUAGUGAAUGCACAUUCAACCUCUUCACGUAAAAUUGUCACAGGAUGAUUGCUUGUCGUCACCGUUCACAGAGACUUGCGUCUAAUACUGUAGUUCCAGAGACAUUACUGCAAAAACCAUAGAAUUACACAUAAGUACCAAAUAAAGUUAAGCUUCAGUUCUCUCAGUACUUGCUCUCUCUGUCUCGCCCACUUGCGCGCGCUCAGGUCUCUCUUGCUUAUAUUUAAAUGUCAUUCAAACAUCCGUAACAUCAAAUUUAAUUCCCACCCCUUAUUGCAAUGUGAGUCCACCAAAGCUGAGCAGCAGUCAGCCCACAUUGGGAGGAGGAUUGAUAAAACAGGUUGAAUUAGCACGAUGACCUCUUAAGAUUAUCUGUCUGAAAGCGGUUUAAAAGAGAGCCAAAGUUCCACUCCACUUGAGAAAUAGCUUCUGACAAACAUGCUGUCAGAUGGAAUGGUGUUAAAUGCUAGAAAGUAAUUGCCAUUAUACCAUUGUUAAAAAUAGCCCGCUCUUCAGAUUUCAUUACCACCACAGUACUAGAUAUCCAUUUUGAGUAAAAAUAGAAAAUAGAGAAGUAGAGUAUAGGAUGAAACGGAUGCUAGCCCAGUUGAACUGUUGUACUUUACUUCAGUGUGACCCACUCUGGCUGGAAUGGUGAGUAAGAGGAAUGGUUGAUAAAGGUUUGAAGAAGAGGGCAGAAGAAAGAGGUUCCACUUUGAAAAUGGAGAGAUUCUGUUAUUAGAAGUGGAAAGGCUGGUAGAGUUGAAUGUGCACAGAAUAAUGAAUAGAAACCUGUAGGUGGCUGCACUGACCAACUCAGUAUGAUGUGAUCAUAGAGCAGCAUGCAGAUGUUCAUUCUGUGUUUGUAUUUCUGAGCAGCCAUCAUCCCGCUUUUAGGACGUUCACACAAUGAAUAGCUGGUUUCAUACGUCUUACCUGUUGUGGGCAGUGCAGGCUCUGAUUGCUACUGUGUAGUGGUCUUAUACAUCUAAUGUACGUUUAUAUUGCGUCAUUUUAAUGAGCUAGCAUAACCACCUGGGAAGCACUCAUUAGAGAGGACAGAGUGAUAACCAAAAAUAUUUUUAAAUCUUACUAUGGGACCCCCAGUGAUUACUUAUUUGAAGCCAGUAUUCAAAUACUCUUUUAAGCACACCGAGAAUUGUAGAAAAUUGGGAACGAUGAACAGCUGUAGUCUGUCUUGUUAAAUUGCACACCCCAGGCAGAAGUUUAUAUUCACAUUUUAUAAUAAACACAAAAAUAUGCAUAUCAAAUUGGUUGUCAAGAGCAGAUUAUACAGGUCACGGAAAGUUUAGAGAAUAAAAUCAGGUCCGUCCAGAUUUCAUAAGAUUUGGGAACUGCACAAUAAGUGAAAAUAUUUUUUCAUAAGACACAUGUAAAGUAUUUGUAGGCCUGAUGUCGUGUGACGUGGCCUCUGAAAGUCAUACUGUUGUGCCUGGCCAACUUUAAUUUAAAUUCAUGUAAACAGAAAAUGUCGUGUUGACAAUAUAAGUAGGCAAGGUAGGUUUAGAAAAAGUGGGCUUUUAAAAUUUCAAUACAUAAUACAUCGCAGGCUGAUGAUGAUUGAAAGCAUAAAAUAAUGAGGCCAUAAUGUUAAUACACAUUCAGAAGAUUAUGGCUUUUAAAAAGUAAAGAACUUUAAGAGGGCAGUGAGAUGUGCUCAUCCACUCUCACCCACAGGCUGGGACCUGUGGCAGACUAUCCAUCAUGUUUGUCAGUUUGUCAGAGAUUACCUUUCUGGUUUUUAACAAAGAUAUUAUGUAGAAAAGUCAAAAAAUGAAAAAAAAAAAAA